AUGACUACUACUUCAAGGUUAUGUGUUGGAUACGAUGAUUCUUAUAUUUAUGCCCUUGAUACCAAGACAGUGACUUCCUUUGAUAUUCAAAAGCAAACUAUAUCAUCUUCACAUAUUCAAAACAACAGCGCUCAAGCUUUUGUUACUUGUUAUGGAUCUCAAAAUCAACUUUAUAUCACUAAUCUUGAUCUCUCUGGAGAGCUCUCUUUUCAAUCCUAUCAUCAAAUCAAUACUGGAUCACAUAUAUUCGACACAACAUUCCCAAAACAACUGGAUGCAACAUCUAUCAUCUCGGUUGUACCAUUCACGGAUUCUGGAAAUCAAAGUAACACAAAUUCAUCUUGUAUUAUGAUAUCUGCAAAUGAUCGUCAAGACGUCAAUGGACUAUAUCAGAUAUGUUCCUCCUCCUCUGUACAGCAAAUACCUUUCUCUGAUACAUCAUCAACUGCUCCUCUUUUGGCAACCAACAAGGAUAAUUCUUCUAUUAUUCUAUUGGGAUACCCGACCGCCAAUUCUAUCUCCGUAUAUACCGAUCUCAACGAACUGUCCAAUCCAACAACAACUUAUGAUCUUAAUUUUUACCUUCCCUCAAAAGGCUCUGUCCAAGUACUUGAUGAUCAAGCGACCGAAUUUUUGAUUUAUGAUUACAAUCGUACCAUCAUCCAUAUUCAAUUGCCAACAGCCAACCAGCCAAACGGAAAGAUGAAAAGGGGAAUACCAUCAUACAAUAAUACUGUCUAUCAACUUGAAGAUGAUCUUUCAAAUGGAAAUGUGAUUGCUUUGCCUGAUCAUCGUGUCUUUACAGUCUCUAACAAGAAUACUAGCAACAAUGUUAUGUCCUUUACUGAAAUCCCAUUAUUGGUUGGUUCCCGUGUAACACCCAGACAAAAUCCGCCCACAUCAGCAACAACAGUAGACGGAUCAUCUCAAUCGUCGUCGUCAUUAUCAUCGCAAACAAUAUAUAUUAUCAUUGGUGUAGCUAUAGGAUGCGGUGCAUGUAUUUUACUUUUAUUAAUUUGGUUCAUUCGACGACGAUUACAAUCCAAACGACGGGAUCUUUUCGAAGGUAACAGUACAACAACUGAUCGUUUUGAAAAAUUGGACGACAAACUGGACUCUCUACCAUUAUACACUGAUCACCCCCGCGAUGAAGAAAUGGGUGACUUUUCUCAUGACAUUAAUAAUAGCGACGAUCAUGGUAUCCAACAACAACAACAACAACAAGUUCAACAAGUUGGAUCAUCAAGCAAGGGCAGCAAUAGUCUUGGACGUGGUCUUUCUUCUAUACUUUCUAGAAUGUCAUCACUACGAUCCUCUCCAGGGACAUCCUUCUUUUUUUCAAUAUUCAACAAUGGAUCAAGCCUAUUACCUGUGGAAGACAAAUAUCAAAAAGUCAAGCAAGUGACUUUCCGUUCAGGUGUGGCUGAGCUGAUGGAACCACCGACGACACCGGAUGUCAACGGUACUCUGAUUUUGAAUGGACGUUACCAGGUGAUCGACACCGAUCUUCGUUUGGAUGAGAACAUUGAAUGCAACAACAUGCCUGGAUAUACGACACGCACCAUUGAACACGCUUACAAAGCCAACACCAUCCGCACACUUCACUAUUAUACCAAAGAUCAACGGGAUGUGUUUUUGCGCAACAUCAAUGCCACCGUGGCUCUCAAAGCAUCGAAACGUGUGAUCCGUCAUCAUGAUGCCCUUUCAUUAUCAACACCUACACGACAAGGACAGUACAAAUAUUUCUGGAUUUCAACCCCAUGCAAGGCACGUCAAUCAUUAUAUUCUCUGGUACACGAUGAAAUCAAUAAGGACGGUGAACAACCUGUAGUGGAUAUACAUCAAUCCAGUUUCCUGACUCUUUCCAUCUUGUCUCUCCUGAUGUGUAUGCGGGACGUGCAUGCAGCUGAUUAUUGUCAUUUAGAUCUAUCGCUUCAAUGCUUCUUUUAUCAACAAGUCAGCACCAUCACUGAAUGGUAUGUGGGUGGAUUUCAUCAAGCUCGCAUCAUGGGUCAACAAGACGGUCAUCCUCUUCCCCUAACACGGUAUAGCGCGCCUGAACUUGUACAACAACAACAUAUGGAAUCUCUUUGUCCUUUACCUCGACAAGAACUCGAUUGUUGGUCAUUGGGCUGUGUGAUAUACGAAUUGGUAACAGCCAAGCCUUUGUUCAAGGACAUCAGACAUUUGACAAGAUUGGCUCGUCAUCCCUCGGCAAUGCAAAGACAUCUUUCUCAAGCCAUACAACAAGAUGCCCUUUCUCCAUCCAUCCGUGCCUGCUUGACUUCUCUGCUUCAAAUUGAUCCUUUUGAUCGUGAACCCAUACAACUCGUGCUGGAUACAUGGAUGGCAAUGAAUGAACUAGAUGAUGACGACGAUGAUUAG